CUUAGGGACAUUGUCCAGCACGAGAUGCAGUUGAGCCUCGUCUGAGCCGCAACAGAUCCUUCCAAAUACGAAUCUGAAAUCUCGCAAGGAGCGCUCAACCUACACAUCAAUAUGUCGCACGCUCGUGUAGAAGAGCUUUCCGACUCAGAUCCCGAUAUCGACGACCCUUCCGACUUCCUCCCACAAUCCGACGACGUGAUAAUUCGCGCGGCAGAUCAACCUUCUCAGUCCUCGUCCUCUUCCUCAAAACCCUCAUCGAUACCACCGCCAGGCCCUAACCCCACUCUUUUCCGCCCUCCUUCUCCGACACAGGCCCAACAACCCAACCGAGAAGCCAUCAAGACCUUCCAAUGCCUCUACCCAGUCUACUUCGACAGCACGCGGACAAAAGCGCAAGGCCGUCGCGUGAGCUCCAAGCUCGCAGUGCCGAACCCGCUCGCAUUCAACCUGCUCAUGGCUGCCAGAGCCACACUCGGCGACGGCAGCGUGCAAUUCGCCCUGGAGCCGGACAAGACACAUCCCAAGGACUGGGCGAACCCGGGCCGGAUACGAAUCCAGCUGUUCGAUCGAGAGACACAUAAGCCGCUACAUCCACAGAUCAAGAACAAAGCACACUUGUACAGUUUAAUUGGACGCUGGCUGAAAGACCAUCCGACGUCAAAGGACGAUCCUCUACAGCUGCGGAUUCAGGGUCUACCAAUACCAGAAAACUUCGGCAAAGAAGAUAUCCCGAAACCGAGAGGCUGGAAGCUGGGCUCGAUACUGCCCGUGCAUUCUCCCGCGGUCAGUGGAGGUGGAGUCAGGGACGAUUUCUUCAAGGAGGCCAUGGAAGAGAUCAGGCAGGCACAAAGUUCGGGCCAGUUACCGGCCGGUAUGCCUGGCGGCGGCGGCGGUGGUGGAAUGCCCGAUAUGAGCGCACUACAGAGCAUGAUGAGUGGAAUGGGCGGAAUGGGCGGAAAGCCAGGGCUCGGUGGAGGGGAUAUGGGCGGCGAGUCUAGCGGUGCUGGAAGAAAGAAGAAGGACAAGAGAAAAGGCUGAUCUGUGCCACCGAGGAUUGCAUAUGUCGAUGCCUUACCUGGUGUUUUCUGGAACGGGCCAGAAGAUCUCAAUGAGCUAUGGCACUCGAUGCUAGUGCAAGGACGUUGGUGUUUUCAGCGCAAGGCAUCGAACCAAAGCUGCUCUCAUCCCGCACCGAUAUGUGCCUGCCUCAAUCGUCUUUCUUGUGCGAGUUCCUUUGAGAGGUGCGAUAUAUUCCGCAGGUCUCCUGCUGGUCCCUCCGCGGAACUUGACACUGGCCAUCUUCAUCUUCAUCAAGGCAUUUUCAUCAGCACUAGUCCUCCCGCGUUCUACAAUGUCAUGAUUUGCUUCAUAUCGAAGAUUACAAAGUUAGCCGCAAUCCCACUGAGUCUCAUAUUUCAGAGAUGCAGCUCUGGCUUAACUCACCAUCCCCGUUGUCGAGCAUAGGAUAAUGUCGUGAACUGGAGACGGGGGGGUUUGUAGGUAUGACUUGCCGGGGCUGAGAGACGAGAGGUGAGGCCAACUAAACCACCCCCUUUUCUCGAAAUAUUUACGAGUUAGAUAACUACAUUUCUUCUUACGCUUAGGGAUAUCUGCCUAACAAAUUUCAUGGUGCAACAAUACAUUUUCAUUCACCGGUCUGGGUGGGGGGACGAUCGAGAUGGAAUUAUGAAUCGAAAAGAGAAACGAAGAAAAAGGGUAAAAGAAGUAGUUUGUU